AUAUGCUGAAAAUGCUGCCUCGGGCUCUACUACUUUUAAGUAUAAUGCUAGCGGGUGGCAACCUGGCACAAGAAUUGCCAGAUUAUGUGCUACCCGAUUCAGUGCCCUUGAAAGCUUACAGAUGGUGAUUCGUUCGACUACAUCGUGGUGGGAGCGGGUGGCGCGGGGGUCCCGGCAGCGGCGCGACUGGCGCUAUCCGGCGCUAGCGUUCUGCUGGUGGAGGCCGGCGGCAACCCCAAUCUGAAUACUAGGAUUCCCGGAAUGUUCUCGACGCUACUCGGUUCAGCUCUAGACUGGCAGUACCCAACCGUCACUAAUAACAUUUCAUGCCUCGCAUAUUCGGACAAACAGUGCCGCUUUAGUCGAGGAAAGUGUCUUGGCGGAUCCACCAGCAUCAACUUCAUGAUGUAUGUUCGAGGUAACCACCGGGACUACGAUGAGCUCGGUAUCGAAGGCUGGGCCUGGAAAGACCUUAAACCCUACUUCCUAAAGUAUGAGGGCUUGCAGGACUUGAAUAAGUUACCUCGUACCUCUAUUCCCUACCACAACACUAGCGGCACUAUGAAAAUAGGAUUUUUCGCUAACUCUGAAAACAGUUGGCAUUCAAGGACUAUAAGAGGUUAUAGAUAUCUAAAUUUCCCUUUCAACUAUGAUGUAAACGCUAAAUCACAAAUCGGAAUAUCACAAGUAAUUGGAUAUGUGAACGAAGGCGAGCGCAUGAGCACGGCGCGAGGUUACCUGACACGCGAUGACGUCAAAUCGGCCUUAAAGGUGACCAAGAACACGCACUGCACCAAAAUUAUCCUAGACAACGACAAUAAUGCUAUAGGAAUCAAGGCGGUGGUGAAAGAUGAAAACCAAAACCGAACACUUCAACUCUACGCGAGGAAAGAAAUUGUUCUUUCAGCGGGUACGAUCGGAACUCCGCAAAUUUUGAUGCUUUCUGGUAUAGGGCCGGCGUCUCAUUUAAACGAUCUUGGCAUUACUGUGCGCGCUGAUUUACCCGUAGGCGUUAACCUAACUGAUCACGUGUUUCCCCAGAUCUACGCAUCAGUAAAUCCUGACACGUCAAUGUCUUCACAAAAUGAGUCCUUGGAAAGGUGGUUGUAUAAUCGCACAGGGCCCCUCGCCUCCAUCGGGAUUACCGACUUAACAGCAUUCCUAAACACACGGUGCUAUGACGUCAGCCAACAGACACUCAUUUACAACAGCUCCAACUGCGAAAUACCUUCCAUGCAAUUAGCCCAUUCAUACCUCGACGUUGGAUUAUUUCAAGCGAAUUUCGGCUUGAACGAGGAUAUCGCGCAACAGCUUACUGCCGAAAACAAAAAUAAGUCCUUAAUUUUACUUGGCCCUUUGGUGCUGCGGCCAUUUUCACGCGGCAGCAUUCGGCUCGCCAGCAUUGAUCCUUUACAAAAGCCAUCUAUUUUUCCAAAUUACUUAGCUGAUAAAAGGGACGUUGAUGAGAUGCUGCGCGGCAUAACAAUCAUCGAGCACUUGAUGGAAACACCAGAGUAUAAGGUGCAAAAUGCGUUUAUUGUCCACCUAAAGCUGCCUGACUGUCCCGAGUACGAGAAUGACCGUAAAGGGUACUGGAGUUGCUACUGUCGGCAUAUGACAACCUCGUUGCUCCACGCAGUGGGUACUGCGGGGCUGGGCCCGGUGGUGGACCCACAACAGCGCGUGCACGGUGUGAAGCGCCUACGAGUGGCCGACCUAAGCGUGCUGCCGGAGGUACCGCGCGGCAAUACUGCCGCCGUCGCCAUUGCAAUUGGAGAGCGCGUCGCCGACUUUGUCUUGAAAGACGCCAAUAAAUACCUAGUAGAUUGAUAACCUAAAGUGUCAUUUUUUAAUAUAUUUAGAAUUGAAUAAAAAUAAUUUAUUCAUAUUUAAGCACAAACACAAAAAUUUGCGUUUAGUACGUUUUAACGUAACUAAUUAUUUUAACAUUUUGUAAGGAUGUAGCCAAUUGCGAUAAUGGGAAAACUGCCCAACUAUUGGCAAGGAAAAAUACUUUUGGGCAGUUUUCCCAUUAUCGCAAUUGUAUUGCCGAUAUAGGUAUCAGGUAAGCUAAAUCACCAUUGUAGUAUGUAUUGACACAAUUGUAAUAUUAUCAACAAAUGUAUAAAUCAUAAUUAGUUGUCUGUCAAACUUUCAUUAACAGUUAGUAACCUUGAAUUAAUACACUCACAUGUUUGGAUUUAUUCACUUAAUCCUAUAAAAAUGUAUUAAAUGAAAACUUAUAUCAUUUUAUAACCUAUCAGAAAACAUCACAAUUUUAUUUAUUACAGGUUUGACACCUAAAAAAUACUUACCUGUUUUCGAAGAAUUAUCAAAAAGCGGAUUUAUAUUUUAUAUUUAAAUACAAUUUUUUUAAACGAAA